ACCAUCAGGGACUGCUGUAUGAAAGGUUCAGCUCCUGAGGCUGCAAAAGUGGUGUCAACCAUAAGGAGCGCUGUGUGAUAUGGUAGGGGAUGUCUCCAGUUGUGGGUACUGUGUGUCUGGGCAGUAAUGGGGUUGUCACCUGCAGGGGGUGCUGUGUGAUGGGGCAUUGAGUUUGCGGUUGUUGUGUGAUGGGGCAUUAAGUUUGGGGUUGUUGCCUGCAUAGGGUGAUGUGUGAUGGGGCAUUGAGUUUGGGGUUGUUGCCUGCAUAGGGUGCUGUGUGAUGGGGCAGGGGUUUUUCUCCUGCAGGAGGUACUGUAUGACAGGCUCAGCUUCUGCGGUAUGAAAGUUGGCGGAGGAUGGUCUGUAACCAGGAUAGACUUUCACCAACUUGGGGCACUGUGGGACUCCAUCUCCAGGAGUAGAAGAGGGGAGGGGGUCUAUAAGUCUCCUCUGCUGCUGAAAUCUUAGGGUAUAUUCACAUAAUGGAAACCUCUGUUGUGUGACCCAAGGAGCAUGCUUCUGCUGCAUACUUUGAGCUUGUAUUUGGCAGAUCUGGAUGCAGCUCCAUUCAGUAGGGCUCAUCCCACUCCAGGCCACACCUUGUGGUUUUCUCAUUGUGAAAUGUCAUUUAUUUUUUCACAACAUUGAUUCAAAUACCAAUAUGAAUUAUGGGUCUGAUUUCCUGUUAUAUAUCUAGUUGUGGAUCCAGAUGUGGGACAAGAUAGAAGCAAGAUUGCUGAGAGUACCUUAGGGUCUGAGCUGGGAAGGGAGAAGGAUGUAGUCUGGGUCAAUAACUUUACAUUAUAUGGCUUUUUUUAUCUUUCACACAUAAGUUGCAGGAAGACACGUGCUGCCCAUAAAGUCCUCUGAUGGUGCCCAGGAAGACUUGCAGCCAGUGCCUACUGAAUUAGUUUGCUGGUUAGACAUGUCUACCAUCAGAAGAUGCCGAGAUAAAUCUACACUAGUAGCCAUACCAUGAGGUGGAACGGCCAGAACUUAUUGUGAAAAUUGCAAACAAACAGGAGCUAAAACAGCUGGAGCUUAUUGGUUUUAGCUCCAUUGGUUGUCAAACUAUCCAAUCAGAACAUUCCCUCAGUUUGGCUGCUUGUGACUGAAGAGAAACUGCUUAAAGAGUACCUGUCACCAAAUAAAUGUUUCUAAACUAACUCAGGCUAUGUUCCCUAACUACUCCUAACACCCCUCCCGCCGUUAAAAAUGUAUUCAGAGCAUUAAAAAGCUGUGUAUCUUACCAUUUUUCUUGCUCACAUAGUGAAAUCUCCCAGCAGGAGAAAGUGGGCGUUCCCUAGAAGGCAUAACAUCACUGGAGCCUGCUGGGGAACCACUUCCGCCCUCACAUCAUUGCAAUGCUGUAAUGAAUAGAAGACCUCAGGCUCUGUGCAGCUUUCAUUCUGUGCAGCUUUCAGUGAAGCUCUGUACAGCGACAAGCACUUCUUGAGUUUGGUCACCUGCGAGGCUGGAGGGAGACAAAACUCACUUUAUUAAUUGCAGCAGGGACCAGAACAGCGCCAAAUAGUGGCCAAUUUUUCGAUUACAUUUUAAACAUAUUUAUGUUGAUAAUUUUAAAAGCAAGUGAAUGGGAAAGCGUCUGCUAAUUACACAAGGAACAUUAUAUAAAAAGUUUUCUGGUGACAGGUACUCUUUAAAUGGAAGAAAGCCCCAGAUAAAAUGUUUUUACAACCUGCUAGAGAUCUCAAGCUCCUUUACGGAAUUCAUGUCGUAGACUUUUGAUUGGAAGAUUACAAAGAAGCAGCGGAAAUCCCAAUUCAUGGUGAUCCUCUGCAGUACGGUGUGACGAUGACAGGUGCCUGAUAUUGGAAAUGGAGACAAGUGCCACUCGAAUUCCUCCACAAUGGAUGCAAGGUAUACACAAGCCUAGAUCCCAGUCUUUCCAUCCAGUUUUUCUGGUUUCAUUCCAAACAUCCAUCCUGGUGAUAUGACCCGGCCAGGACUUCCCAUGAGACUCUACAAGAGGUGGAGUCCCCAAUGCCUGUAAUCCCCAUUCCUCGCCGCGUUCGGUCAUUCCACGGGCCUCAUACCACCUGCUUGCAUUCUGCCUGCGGACCGGUGCGGACUACCCAUUUGGUGCGCACCAAGUACAACAACUUUGACAUCUACCUAAAGUCCAGAUGGAUGUAUGGGUUCAUCCGCUUCCUGCUGUACUUCAGCUGCAGUCUUUUCACUUCCAUCCUCUGGGUGGCACUCUCUAUCCUGUUUUGCCUUCAGUAUCUGGGCAUCCGAGUAUUCCUGCGCUUCCAAUACAAACUGUCCAUCAUCCUGCUGCUGCUAGGGCGGAGGCGGGUCGACUUUAGCCUCAUGAACGAACUGCUUAUUUAUGGGAUUCACGUAACCAUGCUGCUUGUCGGUGGACUGGGGUGGUGUUUUAUGGUGUUUAUAGAUAUGUAAAUAGAUGCAUGCGGACGGAAAACGAUGUUCCUUGGCAGUUUAAGUACGAGUCGGUCUUGUUUUUGUUUUAUUUAUCAAUGCAAGAGUAGUCUUUUUUUAAUAAAGGCAUGUAAAUACACGUCAAGUUGCCCGGCAGUG